GACACUGGAAGUUAGUUUCAGCAGGAGACGCUGCGUUUGUAAUGUUCAAAACAAAAAGGCGCCCAGCAUUUAUAAAGUUGCUCUAGUAACAUUUAUCGGUAUUUCUUUAUGAAACAUGAAAGCAGGCUGUAUUUUCACUGGUGUUUUUAAUUCAUUAUCAUUUAUAAAGUAUGUGCGUGUGUGACUGCGGGUUGUGCUGUUGAGUCGCCUGGCUUUUGAGGUAAAAAAUAAAAUAAAAAUCGAGAUAAAUACGAGUUUAAAGGUAUGACGAUGAAUGUCGCGGGCAGUACGGUUAAUCCGUGCUGACGAUGCAAGUGCUCUGCUUGGAGAAGUGAGGAUUAGAAGAUGGAUUCUCUCCACUGUGAAGAGAAGGCUCAUGCGCUGGCAUGUGUCACCAGCAAAAAGAAGAACCAUGAAAUACCAUUGGCCCACAUCAAAGAGGAGUGCUCAGAACUGGACUGCGCUGCCCGAGUCAAAGGGGAGUGUUCAGAACUGGCCUGCACUGCUCGAGUCAAAAGGGAGUUCUCAGAACUGGAUUGCACUGCCCGAGUCAAAGGGGAGUGCUCAGAACUGGACUGCACUGCCCGAGUCAAAGGGGAGUGCUCAGAACUGGACUGCACUGCCCGAGUCAAAGGGGAGUGCUCAGAACUGGACUGCACUGCCCGAGUCAAAGGGGAGUGUUCAGAACUGGACUGCCCUGCCCGAGUCAAAAGGGAGUGCUCAGAACUGGACUGCCCUGCCCGAGUCAAAAGGGAGUGUUCAGAACUGGACUGCCCUGCCCGAGUCAAAAGGGAGUGUUCAGAACUGGACUGCACUGCCCGAGUCAAAGGGGAGUGCUCAGAACUGGACUGCUCUGCCCGGAUCAAAGAGGAGGCUCCCGCAGAGGAGUGUGAGCACUGUGAAAACAAGGCCUGUGUCCUGCUAUCGGUCCCUGUGAAAACAGAGGACCUUAAAAUCGAGUGCGACUGCCUGGCAAGGCAUGGCUCGCAGCUGAGGCUUGUUAAAGAGGAGCCCCUCGAGCGACCGUGUGACAGCAUUGCGGAGAACGUCGCUCAACCAGGCCGUGUGAACACUGCGAAGGAAGACAGCCCCGUGCCGUCUGCUCCCAGCGUGGCAUCGGACGCGAAUCAAGGGCGGGGCCGUGAGAGGCCGACGAGAAAAACGACUCGAGAAAAACUUCAACCGAGAAACGGGGAAAGGAAAGACAAUCUGUCGUCGUCGCCAUCGCCGUCACCUCCUCCCGAACGCCGCAGGCGGAUGUCGAAAUCGAAGCGGAAAACUAACAAGGGAAAAAAAAACAAAACCCCUCACCAGUGCGGCGACUGUGGGAAGAGCUUCAGCCAGCCGGGUCACCUGAGGAGACACUACCAGGUCAUUCACAAAGGAGAAACCCCUUACCAGUGCGGGGACUGCGGCAAGCGCUUCAGCCGACCGGAGAGCCUGAGGAGACACCAGCGCAUUCACACGGGCGAGAACCCCUACCGCUGCAGGGAGUGCGGCCGCGGGUUCAACGAGCUGCAGAACCUGAAGGUGCACUACCGCACCCACACCGGAGAGACCCCCUACCACUGCCCCAAGUGCAGCAAGAGCUACAGCCGCAACGAGAGCCUGAAGAAACACCUGCAGAAUCACAGGGGAGAUGAUCCCUACGUGUGCGACGACUGUGGGAGGACCUUCAAUGGCUUGCAGUACUUCAGGAAACACCGGAUGGCUCACGAGAGAGAGGCUCUGCGUCGCUCUGAAGACAGCAGGAAAGGUUUUGGUCGGAGACAAAGCCUGAGAAUCCGCCAGAGAAUUAUUCAUGCGGCUGACUCGCCUGGCAAAGACGCCCAACUCUAGAAUCGCACAGUAAAGCUGCACUGAGAGAUUUAUUCCGUUACUGGGGUUCUGCACAGACGGUCUGGCUGGUUUACCGUUCAGAGUGAAACUGGUACUGAAACAGCUGCUUGAGUUUGUGAUGGUCUCUGCAUUUCUUAGACUGCGGAGAACGGCGAUCCACACAAACCCAAGCAGCUGUUUCUUUGUUUCACUCUGAGCGGUUAAUCAGCCCGAUCGACACCAGCGACCCUCAUCUGUGCACAGCUUGAUCUGCAGAAUCAGUUCACGCAGCUCCAUCAGGAUAGAAUACAUAUCGCUGUACGGAGCGUGGACCCAGUUUCGGACAGUCCAGACAACUUUACAAAAGCUUGUAAAUUCACGCGGCUGAAGAGAAAUAGUGUGGAAAGCAGCCAAGCCAAAGAAGACACCGAACAGUAGAAAAUACAAAUCGACGCGCUCACUGACAGCGGACUGAACAUUUGUGAUUUUCUUUAUUUUUGAAAUUAAUCCAUGGGCGCUGAAUCUGGCCCCCGCAGCAUGUGAAUAUAGACUGGGGGUGUUAAUAGUCAAAUAGCUGUUUACACGGCUAGCAUGGUUUGUCGGGACUCCUCAGGUUUGCAGUUGUCUGUAGCAGAUUAUUUUAUAUAUAGAUCUAUUUUUUUUUAUCUGCGUUGUGUGAGGUGCAGGCUUCAGAGUGGUGGCAGGCUCAAACUCUUGAUUUGUAAUUCCCGCUGUGGAGAACUGGAAAACAUGGAUCCGGCAACGUCUUGGAUGGGAGCGGACUGAAGGAGUGAAUGCCACGCUGAGCCGCGCCCCUUUCACGUGCCCUCCUGUGUACGGUGGCGUGUUUUGCUGAAAUCCAUUUCAGGCUUUCUUGCCGACUAUUUCCCAAGAAACUGUUUGAAAAAAGGUCAGAGGCAGCUGACAAAGAAAUGUCUCUGAAAAGUUGAAUGGAUUUUAAUUUCCGCUGUGUAUUUGGCUGUACUGUAGUUGCAAUACUGCUAAGUUUAAGGGUCUACUGCUUGCUAAUUCUGGGCAGAAUUAACGGUAUUUCUGAUGUAUGGUACUGGCAGGUUUUUUUGGGGUUUUUUUCUCCAAAUUAC